GAAUACGUAUUUCUUUCAGCUUUUCUAAUAAUAAUGCGCUACAACUUCAAAGUUGUAAAGCAAUGUUAGCCUAUUUAGCCAAACUGGAAAUGCAACCAACACAUUUAAACGCAUAUUUUUGUGAAUGCUACUUUUACAGUUCUCUUGCAACAUAAUGUUUGACAUAUCGAAUCUAUUUUGACCCUCCAUGGGAGGGUAUGAGGUGUGAGAGCGACCAGCUCGUCCUCCCCCGGCUCUUCCUCCUCCGCCCAGUGCAGAUUCACUCCCUGUAACUCGAUGCUCAGACACUGGAGAACUGCUCGUGCUGAUGCUGGAUGGCAACAUGGACUUACAAAUGAAGAUUCUACAGGUACUUCUCGCUGUUCUGUGUUUCAGCAUCAAUAACUCUCAGGGUUUUAAUGUGGGGACAACAGGAGCAAGGAUUUUCUCAGGGUCAUCAGCAGAGCAGUUUGGGUACACUGUACGGCAGUUCAGCAACAGCCAAGGAAAAUGGCUCCUUGUGGGAUCUCCAUGGAAGGGUUACACUCAAAAUCGCAAGGGAGAAAUCUAUAAAUGUGAUAUGAACAAACCUGGAAGCGUCUGUCAACCACUGAAUCUUCAAAAUUCUGUGGAUGUGUCAAGCAUCUCCAACGGCAACAACAUCAACAUGAGUCUAGGUCUUACUCUGACUCCAACUACCAAAAAUAAUGGCUUUAUGACGUGUGGUCCGCUGUGGGCUCAGCUCUGUGGAAGUCAGUACUUUUACCCAGGAGUCUGUGCUGAUGUGAGCCCACAGUUUACCCUCCAGUCGGCUUUUUCCCCUGCUGUUCAAACUUGUGGUAGUCUUAUGGACAUUGCCAUUGUUUUAGAUGGAUCCAACAGUAUAUACCCAUGGGAACCAAUUGUUGAUUUCCUGGUGAAACUGUUGGAAAACUUAAAUAUUGGACCUCAAAGCACCCAGGUCAGUGUUAUGCAGUACGGUGUUGACACUACGUUCCAGUUUUACUUGAAUUCCUACAAGACAAAAGAGUCUAUGAUUAAAGCAGCUUCAAAUAUGCAGCAGAAACAAGGAUUAGAGACCAAUACUUUCAAAGCCAUUGACUUUGCAAGAACGAAUGCAUUCUUACCACAAAAUGGAGGCCGUCCUGGAGCCACUAAAGUGAUGGUGGUGGUAACAGAUGGAGAGUCACAUGAUGCAAAUAUAAGGAACAAAGUUAUUGCGGAAUGUGAUAGCCAAAAUAUCACACGUUUUGGCAUUGCGGUUCUUGGAUAUUACAUAAGAAAUGAUAUUGACACAAGCAAGCUCAUAGCUGAAAUUAAGUCAAUAGCAAGUAAACCAACUGAGAAAUUCUUUUUCAACGUGUCUGAGGAAGCAGCACUUAUAGAAAUCGUGGGAACUCUCGGAGAUCGAAUCUUCAACAUUGAAGGUGUUGGAAAAGGUACUGGGGAUAAUUUCGAAAUGGAAAUGUCGCAAGUGGGAUUCAGUGCAUACCAGACUAGAAAUAAGGAUGUGAUUCUGCUGGGAGCAGCUGGAGCAUAUAAUUGGAUCGGGACUGUUGUUCACCAGACUGCUCAGAAAUCAGACAUUUUGCCCAAAACGGCUUUUGAGAAAGUCUUGGAGGACAAAAGCCACUGUUCAUUACUUGGCUACUCUGUGAGCUCUGUGACUGACGGAUCGUCUGAGUAUUAUGUGGCUGGUGCUCCUCGUGCCGUUCACAGAGGACAGGUUGUAGUUUACAGCAUUAACAGCCAGAAACAGGCUGUCGUCAUAGACUCUCAAAGAGGAGAUCAGAUCGGCUCUUAUUUUGGCAGUGUUCUCUGUCCUGUGGAUGUGGACUCUGACGGUGUGACGGAUCUGCUGCUGGUCGGAGCUCCGAUGUACAUGAGCGAGGAGAAAGCUGAAACCGGACGAGUCUACAUGUUCACCAUUACCAAGGGUAUCUUGAGUAACCAGGGUUUCUUAGAGGGCUCACAAAAGAACGCUCGGUUUGGGACAGCCAUCGCUGCUGUCCCAGAUCUCAACCUGGACGGCUUCAGUGAUGUGGUUGUUGGAGCGCCAAUGGAGGCCAAUGACCAAGGUGCCAUUUACAUCUACUAUGGUCACAGAAAAAGCAUAAAAAAGCAGAGCUCACAGAGAAUCGUUGGAGGGAAACUGGACUCAGCUCUGAAGUUCUUCGGCCGCUCUCUGGACGGCAGUGGAGAUAUGAACGGAGACUCGAUCCCAGAUGUCGCAGUGGGGGGUUUUGGGAAAGUCGUCCAACUCUGGAGUCGAGGUCUGGCUGUGGUCACGGCCAAGGUUUCCUUCACCCCUGAUAAGAUCAGUAUCUUGAGUAAACCGUGUCGCUACAGUGGCCGGCAGGUGUCCUGCUUUAAGGCUAAAGCAUGCUUCAGUGCAACCUUUAAGCCAACAAACUCUAUCAGGCUAAUCGAUGUCAAGUACAACCUGACGCUGGAUGCAGAUCUGCAGGAUUCCCGGGUCAGUCCUAGAGGUUAUUUCAGCAACUUGGAACGGGUCAUCCAGAAAGGCAUCACAGUCUCUGCACAGGACUUGUGUGAAGAGCAUGAGGUCUACGUGCAGGAGACCCCUGACCUCGUCAACUCAAUUGCCUUGCGUGUGGACGUAUUUCUCGGCAAUCCAGAUGCAAACCCAGUUCUGGAUGUCUUCAGUCCUAAUGCAUGGGAGUUUUUUAUCCCGUUCUCGAAAGACUGUGGCCAAGAUGACGUCUGCUUGAGUGACCUGGUGUUGACUGUGGAGAGUGAAGAGAAACUUGGUAAAACCCCACUGGUGGUCAGCCAAAACAAGAGAAGACUGUCCUUCACGGUGACGGUGAUGAACAGGAAGGAAAAUGCGUAUAAUACACGAGUGUCGGCCAGUUACUCCAGUAACCUGUUCUACUCCUCUGUUACACCACUG